AUGUGCCAGUUCAACUGCAUGCCACCUUACUAUCUUCCGAAGUGGAGGUACAUGCCACUGGACAACAAGCUGCCCAUGCUUAGAUGCAUUCCUAAGGAAGUGCUUAAUUUGUAUAUCGGAAAUGGAAGCAUCGGAAGUUCGCCAUGGGUCAAGAACAAGCAUCUUGAUUUCAACCUGUGGGACCCGCUGAUGCUGCAGCAACCGUGUGACAAAGAAUACGACUCACUCAGGGAUCCUUGCCUCAAAUGUUACUUCGCUAACGCACAUCAUCUUAGGCAACUUUACAAACAGGGAUUAAUAACCAGAGAUGGCAAAACUGUUACUUGUCUUCGCGAGUACAACAAGUACCGAGCCUACAUGCACGCCAUGAAUGUUGAAAUCCUAAGGGCUUUUCAGGUGCAGAACGAAUGUGAGGACACAAAGCGGUUGGUAAUAGCCACCAUGAUAAAGGCUAAAGCGCUCGCCAUGGACGAUGAAAAAAACCAGUGUGGCAACAACACCUUGUCCAGAAGGUAUUCAGAAACGCUGAGGCAGGAAAUAAAAAAUGUUUGCGAGCGAGCUGAGAACGAAUUUGAGACAACACCAUUCUUCAGGGAAUAUUGCGAGGGUGAAAGACAAUCGCUGCUGAAAUUCCGACAAAUACUCUUGAAAGACAUUAACAAGAAGGCACUCCUUAGACUGCAUAAGUUGCAACAGUACGAGUAUAGCCUAAUUCAGAAUUGGAAGGAUUGGCAGAAACAUACUAAUGCUCAAGUUCAGGAGAGAGCUGAUGAUCUAGUGAGGGAGCACGUAUUGAAGUAUGAGCGGUGCAAGAACAUUAAAGAGUAUAUGGAUCUCUCCCUAUAUAGGCAAGGAAAAAUUGGAGAUGUUGUGCAGAAGAAUAGAAAACUGCACGAGAGCAAACUGAAAGAAUCGAUGAGGAGAGUGAGGCAGAGAGUUUGCCUGAAGUCUCAGCGCCAGUACCCCUUGUCAGCUACUUGUCCAUACAGUUAA